UCGUACCUGUAGUUGACAGGAGAAUGGCAAGAUCAUCUCCACCACCACCACCACCACCACCACCACACAAAACCAGUAACCAGCCUCCAGCUGAAACAUCAAAGUCUAAGCAUAAGAACCCCAUGAUACCAACCCAGAGAUCAUGCACACCAAAUCCCGUUGCUCCCUACUACCCACCCAACCCACCCUACAGUACAGUACAAACUACCCAGCCAGCCAAUAUCCAACUCCCCCAAACAAGUCACAAGUACAAGUACAAGUACAAGUCCACCCACCCCCCACCCACCCGCACAUCAUCUCAACCUUCAACCCUUAUCCCAUCCACAGUACAGUAAUACAGUACAGUACAUCCAUCCCACCAAGAACCCAACCCAACCAAAUAACAAGGCACAAGAAACCACUCGACCAAACCUCCAACCAUACACUUUCCCAUAAAAAAAAAGCUUCAAACCAUCAACAACAUGCAAACACAAAGAAACUCCCCUAAUCUCAGCUACAGCUACCAGCAUCCUACUAAAGCAGUCCAAGUAUCAUAUCGUACGACCAGCCCAGCCCAACCCAACCCAAGCUUCUAAGCUCCC